AUGCUACAACUACUACCCACCCUCCUCGCGCUAACGAUCGCGACCCUGAUCUCCCCCGCGUCCGCGUCCUCGGCCUGCCCGGUCUCGAACGCAGUCUGUCCGGACAACACCAGUUUCUGCUGCCCGAUGCAGUCCGAGUGCGUGGUGAUGGAGCUGACGGGCGCGGUCGCGUGUUGCAACAAGAACAGCGUAUGCGCUACCGCUGCGGCUGCUAGUGCCUGUUCUCUAGACAGUGACCACGACUGCGGUGAUUUCUGCUGUCCGGAGAAUACGAGUUGCGAUGUCGAGGGCGGAGCGUGUAUUCCAGGCCAGGACUGGAUAAUCACGGAAAACAUCUCAAUCUCGACAAACAGCAGCACGCUCAGCAGCAGCAGCAGCCAAACAUCAAACCUGUCGUCGUCAACAGUACAGCUUGUGUCGUCGACCACCUUCUGGCACCACAGUCGCUCGUCGUCCGCCGCCAUGCUCUACGUGAGCAGUAGUAACUACACCAUCAGCAAUUCCACAAUCACCUCCGCGUCCACAUCUCGCCCAUCCUCCUCCGCAGCAGCACCGUCAUACGCAUACACCAACCACACGAGCAGCACAAGCAGCAAGAGCUCGACCUACAGCCACAGCAGCAGCGCGAACUUUGGUACCGCGAGCGCAGACCGGUCCGCAGAUUGCGUGCGGCCGAGUCUGCUGCUCGGGAUCGCGGCCGCGGUCGUGUCGUAUGUUUUCAUCUAG